UUCAGUCAGCAUAAAGAAUAACAAAAUACUUUUGGUCGCAAAUCGCAAGUCGCAAAACGCAAUACCCAAUACGCAAAAUAAUGUCAGCACCGCCCACUUCACCUGGCCCGUCCGAACCGGCUGCUGAUCAGCCCAAGGAUAACAACACCAUCACGAACCAAUCCCUGUCAAUGUCUCAACCGAAGUCCCAGCUUGAAAAUUACGACGAUCCUGUAACAGACAAGUCUCCUACCGAUGAAAAUAAGCCUACAUCAGAUUACCCAGCCAAGUCGUCGCCACCCUCGUCUCCAUCCGCUCAAUCCUCUCAAUCGUUAGAGUCCGGUGAAGCUUCACCUGUGCGAUCUGAAUUCGCUGCAGCUGACUCGAGCGCUCCUCCAUUGCCAAAUGAACCGCCUCCUGCGACAGAAGAUGAUGGCUGGGAUUUCCAUUGGGAUGCGACAAAUCAAGCUUAUUUUUUCUUCAAUCGAUUCACGAACGAAGCCACCUGGGAAAACCCUCGACUAGCCAACAAAGAUACCGCUAGCACGUCUGCAUCGCAAGCGCCGCCCGCUGCACCCACUAGCGUUGCGGAACCUCCCAAGGACGAGGAACCACCAGCUGGAGGUUAUAACCCAGCGAUCCACGGUGACUAUGACCCGACCGCCUGGUAUGCCCAGAAACCCGAGGAGAGGGUUGUCGCACGCGACCAAGCGGUGGACUCGUCGGCCGCCUAUGCAGCCAUAGGAUCGUUCAAUCGCUUUACCGGGAAGUGGCAAGGCGCCGAUCAGAGUAUGGAACGACACAACGAUGAAGCUAAGUCGAAGAGACAGAUGAACGCCUUCUUUGACGUCGAUGCCGCUGCCAAUUCCCAUGACGGCCGAAGCCUGAAAGCAGAACGAUCAGGCAAGAAGCCUACCAAAGCCGAGCUGAAACAAUUCAAAGAAAAGCGCCGGGCGAGGAAGGAAGAGAAGCGAAGAGCAUGGCUCAGGGAUUAGGACACCAUUAAUCCCCUUUCCGAUACCAAAUCAGAUGGAAAGACGAUAUAUUCUUGGCUUCGUGGCUCCAUAGGAGCUACUCAUACUCACCGGGGAGCGCGGGGAGCUGCAUGGCGCAUCUAAGGACACACGGC